AUGACCUCGGCCUUGGAGACUUACUUCAAUCAUACUGCUGCAGUUGUUACAGCAGACGGAAGAAUGAUUGUGCGAACCCUAAAGAGAUUUGACCAGGCAAUCAAUCUAAUCCUAGAUGAGAGUCAUGAGCGAGUACUUAGAUCACAACAAGGAGUGGAACAAGUAGUACUUGGCCUGUACACAGUUAGAGGAGACAAUGUGGCAGUGAUUGGUGAAAUAGAUGAAAAAACAGAUCCUGCAUUGGAUUUGGGAAACACCAGAGUUGAACCUUUGGUACAUUUAAAUUUGUAA